CAUCCAAAAUUCCUCCGCAUAGCUUCAAGAUACCACGGCCUACAACACCUGUCUUUACAUCCAAGACUCUACAUAUUGCUCAGACCACUAUUACGGGAAGACGUCAUCUUGUAGAGGUUGCUCUUUUUGAUCGUGCACACGGAGCUAGCAAAUUCUGCUUGUUUCAUUCCGUCAAGAAAGAAUAAUCCCUGCUCAGCGACGCUUCCUUUGCAGCAACAGGAUGGCUUCCGCACCUACAGAGAACGCGCAGCCCAAGGUCACGCUCCACUGGCUUGAGGCAUCUCGAUCCCAUCGAAUUCUCUGGUUCUUGGAAGAACUGGGGAUUCCAUAUGAACUCAAGACCUAUAGAAGGACCAAGGAGUCUCUUGCGCCGCCUGAAUUGAAAGAGAUCCAUCCUCUGGGGAAGUCCCCGGUGGUUGAACUCCUUGCACCGGGUUCUACCAAACCCAUCGUACUUGCAGAGUCUGCGGCGAUCGUCGAAUACUUUUCCGAUUAUUACGGGAGUUGGCUGGUCCCAAAGCGAUAUCACGACGGUAAAAAUGGUCAGAUUGGUGAAGAGACAGAAUCCUGGUUGCGAUAUAGGAUGCUCAUGCACUAUGCGGAGGGCAGCAUUAUGCCAUUGAUGCUUCUGUCCGUGAUUGUGAAGAGAAUAAGAAACGCUCCAGUCUGGUUCUUCAUCAAACCCAUAACCGCCUCAGUAGCGAGCACAGUUGAGGCUGGCUUCUUGACGCGGAACUUCAAGAAUCAUUAUGACUUCCUGGAAGGUCAACUGGCCACAUCGCCAGAUGGAGGAAAGUUCUUGUGCGGCAGAGACUUGACAGGCGCAGAUAUCAUGCUGUCAUUUCCAUUGGAGGCUGGCCAGACUCGUUCCGGCUUCACUAGGGAACACUAUCCCAAAAUUUGGGAUUAUGUCGACCGCCUUCACGGCAGACAAGCAUACAAACGGGCCACGGCCAAGAUCAUCGAAGUGGAGGGCCGAUUCAAAGCGAAUUUGUGAUCAAUCUGGCGGUCGCGCUCUCGUGCGAUAGAUCCGCUCUCGUUGAUACGCCUCCAAUUGCCGAGUACCUUCAAGUCGCUUGC